CGGAUAUACUCCGAGUGCUGAUGCGAACCAAGCCGCCGGCCAGGGACCCACCGUUUUCGCGCCUCCCCGAUAACGUUCGAGGCAUUGCUUAUCGCACAUUUACAGGUAUUCGGCUUCACAAUAACGCUGAACUGCCUCUAUCCAUUACCGUUGAACCACAAUUAACAUCUCGAUUGCAAUGUCCGAAACGUUCCAGACCAAAACCAUCAAGUGGUCGACGCCACCGGUGUCACCGACGCACGCGCUGCAGCCACACAUUUCGACAAUUUUGAUCCAGAACGCCAACGGUCCAUGCGCGCUCCUCGCAUUGGUGAACACGUUAGUGCUUUUGCACGACUCGUUGAGCAAAGCGGACGUGGGCGGUGAGUUCACGCCGGCCCGCGGGAGCAGCGAGGUCUACAGCGAGUCUCUUCGGGGCAGUGAGUCCUCCCGCAGCGGGUCACUCCGUAAGAGCGGCGCAACUCGCGACUAUCUCUCCGAGCUACAAAAGCUUGUGCGGAUUGUCAACCACCCUAAUGGUUCGGUCCCCCUCACCCGCCUUGUGGAUGUCUUGGGAGACCUCUUGCUAAGCGGCCUGAUUGACUCUAGUGAUGAUAUUUCCAAGACAUUAUCGCUUCUUCCAUCCGUCCAUACUGGCCUCAAUAUCAACCCCAGAUUCGACGGAACUUUUGCAGAAUCGGACGAGUUAUUGUUGUUCCGGGCUUACGGCGUUCCCUUGGUCCACGGGUGGAUGGUGGAACCGCUGAAAGCCGUCUCUUCGCUUCGGGAAAACGACCCCGCAGUAGAUUUGUACGACGUUUUGCACGACAAGUCGUACGAGGAGGCACAGAACUUGUUGGCGGAGGCGCUGCACAUCCAGCUGAGCUUGAACCCAAAGCAAACCGAGGGGCAGCAAAAGGUGAUUCAGAACAGCGAUUUAGUGGCUAAAUGGUUGCGGACGACUCUGGCGCAAUUGACAGAGUACGGCUUACAUCAUUUGACCUACGAUGUGGCGUUUGAUAAUCCAACUGGCGAAGGCGACUUUGCGGUUUUGUUCCGCAACGAUCAUUUCGCGACGGUCUACAAGUACUAUAAUCCCAUCACUGGGGUCUUGGAGCUCUACCACUUGAUCACGGAUGAGGGUUUUUUGCACAAGAAGGAGUACGUUUGGCAGAAGCUUGAGAUCCAGGAUGAGUGGUAUUACGAUGGAGACUUUAACGAGGUUUUCCCGGAGGAACACUCGGAGGUGACUCCAAAGGCGGACAGCGAAGACUACUUGCUUGCACGGGCGUUGCAGAAGGAAGAGGACGAGAUAAUUGCCAAGAGCAUGCAGAAGAAGUAUGAGAAAUCUGCGGCAAGGGCUGCGCCUCCGAGUAUCGGAGCUGUCGACCCAGUAGAAACCGCCGGCACCACUAACACCGCCGGGGGCUCCAAAAAGGACAAGACCAAGGACAAGACCAAGGACAAGACCAAGGACAAGACCAAGGACUGUGUGAUUGUGUAGCCGAGUUACUGUUUUUAAAAUUAAUAAACGAUGAAAAAAG